AUGGGGGCAAGACAUUCUCGACAAUUGAACGAACAAUAUCGAAGAGAGAGUAUUCAACGACAGCAACAACAACAACAACAGCAGCAGCAGCAGCAGACAUCGACUUUAAAUUCAUAUAAAUCUCGAUCAACCAACUCUAUAACGAUCCAUGGCCGGCAAUAUCAUCUUGAAGAAGCAAGUACAUAUACCUUACCACGAGAUGAAUUAGAGCAAGACAGGCUAAAUUCUCAACAUUUUUCAUUAAAAGCCCUUUAUGAUGGGAAUAUUUUACCAUCAGUCAAAGAAUUGCUGCCAUCAAAUGCUCAGGUGCUUGAUCUUGGCUGUGGAUCAGGAUGCUGGGUGAUGGAAAUGGCCAUCGAUUAUCCCCACUUCAAGAUCACAGGGCUUGACAUGGCGGAUAUGUUUCCCACUACGAUUCGACCCGAAAACGUUAAAUUUGAAUUACAUAAUAUUCUAAAUGGAAUCCCGUACCCUGACCAAACCUUCGAUUAUGUUCAUAUGCGAUUACUGAUUACUGGCUUGCGCACAGAAGAAUGGCCUGGAGUGAUUGCAGAAAUCCACCGGGUACUUAAGCCAGGUGGACUUGUGCAACUCGUCGAGUCGGAUUUCACUGAGGAGACCAAUGUUCAGAUUGUCGAAACAUUUAACAAAGAAUUUCAUCAAGCCAUGGUGGAUAUUGGCCAAGAUCCGUGGAUCGGUCGAAAGUUGGGAACACUAUUAACUCAAACUGGUUUUAAUGUAUUAGAAUCAAAUGAAAGAUAUUUAGACUAUAGUUUGCCACUAAAUCCAAUUGCUAGAGAAAUGCUUACAAAUUGGAAAAGUGCCAUGUUGUCAAUAAAGCCGUUACUCGCUCAUAGAUUUGGUACAAAUACCGAUAUGUACAACUCGAUUGUGGAUCGUUACAUAGAGGGCAUCACGCAAGCAGGAUGGAAAAUCAAAAUAUGGGCACUUUGUGGACAAAAGAAGAUUUAA